UCCUCUCUGCUGCCUCUCCUUUGACUGGUCGCCAGUGACCUCCGUCUCCGUAGCGGCGCACAAACUGGACAGGGCGACAAGGCAAAGACAACACGGGGAGCAAUGGCCGGGAUUUUCGGAAAGAUAUUCGUGGGCAUUUACGUGGAGAUAAAGCGAAGCGACGGGCGAAUACACCAGGCUAUGGUCACAUCCCUGCAUGAUGACAACGACAGCGUGACCGUGGAGUGGAUCGAGAACGGGGACACCAAAGGGAAGGAGAUUGACCUGGAGAGCAUCUUUGCUUUAAAUCCAGACGUUGCUCCUGAUGAAGAAAUACCUCAGAGUCCCGAGGCUCCUCUUCCUCCGUCCAGCAUCACCAAAACCAGCAAAGUCCCCAAAACCCGACGGAUCACAGCAAUACCUAAGCCUGAAAAUGCUCCACGGGAGAACAGAGCUGCAGCAGUGGGAACCACCCGGGCCCGCCCCAGCCAGCACAGCCAAGCUGCAGAACCACCUCCACCCUCCAUCACUCCCCAGCCUGCAGUAAAAGAGACGCUGAUGCAGCAGCAAAAUGCACGGAGGAAAUCCAACUGUGUAAAGGAAGUGGAGAAACUGCAGGAGCAACGAGAGAAGAGACGUCUCCAGCAGCAAGAGCUCAGAGAGAAGAAAGCUCAGGAGGUUGAUGUUAAUCUACCCAACUAUGAGAUUAUGUGCAUGAUCAGAGACUUCAGGGCCAGCCUGGACUACAGACCUCUAACGUCCAAUGACACUAUUGAGGAGCACAGAAUCUGUGUAUGUGUUCGUGCACGCCCCCUGAAUAAAAAGGAGUUAUCAGUUAAGGAUCUGGAUGUGAUCACCAUUCCCAGUAAGGACGUGGUAAUGGUCCACGAGCCAAAGCAGAAAGUCGACCUGACCCGCUACCUGGAGAAUCAGACGUUCCGAUUCGAUUAUACUUUUGACAAGAACUCAACCAAUGAAAUGGUUUACAGGUUUACGGCUCAGCCGCUGGUAGAGACCAUUUUUGAGAGGGGAAUGGCAACCUGCUUUGCCUACGGACAAACUGGAAGUGGGAAAACACACACAAUGGGAGGGGACUUCUCAGGAAAGAACCAGGACUGCUCAAAGGGAAUAUAUGCACUGUCAGCCAGAGAUGUUUUUCUCAUGUUGAAGAAACCAGUUUAUAAGAAGAUGGAUCUGCAGGUUUUUGCCACAUUUUUUGAGAUUUACAGUGGAAAGGUGUUUGACCUUCUAAACCGCAAGGCCAAGUUACGAGUCCUGGAGGAUGGGAAGCAGCAGGUGCAGGUGGUAGGGCUGCAGGAGAGAGAGGUGAAAUGCACAGAAGACGUCCUCAAACUCAUUGAAAUGGGAAACAGCUGCAGGACUUCUGGUCAGACUUCGGCCAACGCUCACUCUUCUCGAAGCCACGCUGUGUUCCAGAUCAUCCUGCGGCGGCGGGGGAAGAUGCACGGAAAGUUCUCCCUCAUUGACUUGGCAGGGAAUGAGAGAGGGGCGGACACGUCCAGUGCUGACCGACAGACUCGGCUGGAAGGAGCCGAGAUCAACAAGAGUCUGCUGGCAUUGAAGGAAUGCAUCCGAGCCCUUGGCAGGAACAAACCCCACACUCCGUUCAGAGCCAGCAAGCUGACCCAAGUCCUGAGAGACUCCUUCAUUGGAGAAAAUUCAAGAACAUGCAUGAUAGCAACCAUUUCUCCUGGGAUGGCUUCCUGUGAAAACACAUUAAAUACUCUGAGAUAUGCUAACAGAGUAAAGGAGUUUGGAAUCAGUCCCUCAGACAUUCCCUUCUCCCAGGGCGGUGGCGGAGGAGGCCGCUCUGAGCUGUCACCUACUUACGAGAUGAAGCAUCUCACAGUGGACCCUGCAGCAGCACUUGAGUGCCAUCAGGAAGGACACAUCACCCAGCUGGAAGUCCUGGAGGCUCAGUGGGGAGUUGGGAGCUCUCCACAAAGAGAUGACCUGAAGCUGCUCUGUGAACAGAAUGAAGAAGAGGUUUCUCCACAGCUGUUCACCUUCCAUGAAGUCGUCUCUCAGUUGGUGGAGAUGGAGGAGCAGGUGCUGGAGGAUCACAGGGCUGUGUUCCAGGAGUCGAUCCGCUGGCUGGAAGAUGAGAAGGUGCUUCUAGAAAUGACGGAGGAGGUGGACUACGACGUUGAAUCAUAUGCAACUCAGCUGGAGCAGAUCCUGGAUCAGAAGAUAGACAUUCUGACUGAGCUGAGGGAUAAAGUCAAGUCUUUCCGUUGUUCUCUCCAAGAAGAGGAACAAGCUAGCAAACAAAUAACCCCCAAGAGGCCUCGAGCGCUAUAAACAUACAAUAUGUGGACAUCACUGGUCCUCAGACAGGUGAAGGCCUGCCGCGAUGAGAUCCCUGUACACAAAGGAAACGAUAAACUCCAAAAAGAUUUGAACCCUCUGCAGUUCAUGCAUUUAAUUACCCUUCAUUCAUCCGUCCCGUUACACCAAAGAGCCGACGUGCUCUUUCAUCCUCACUGUUCAGUGUUUCAACAAGGUUUGUAUGGAAGACCGAUUUGGAAUUAAUUUCCGUGCUUUCCAGCAGCACCUGGCAUCUAAUAAACGCCAUCAAAUGCUGUUUAUUUAGUACCACCACAUGUUUAAUACAUGCCAGUAGAUCUUUAAUGUCAACACCUGGUCUUCAAAAAUUAAAAUGUGUAUAUUUUUGCAAAUAUACAGUACAGACCAAACGUUUGGACACACCUUCUCAUUCAAAGAGU